CCGCCGACCCGCUCGCCAUGGACUCCUGUGCAGUCGGAGCCCUGUGGCUGCUCUCGCUCUGCUCGCCCGGUUACGCCGUUGACAUCGACACCACCGCCGAGUUCGUCAGGCAAUGCGUGAACGAGCACAACCGAUACCGGUCGUCGGUGUCGCCGGGAGCCGCCAACAUGCGCUUCAUGAGCUGGGAUGCAGGACUUGCUAAAACUGCCAAAGCAUGGAGCAAGACAUGCAAGUUCAAAAACAAUCCAUUUCUGAAAAUCAAAGGAAAGGGCCAUCCAUAUUUUGAAAGCAUAGGAGAAAACCUCUAUGUUGUAUCAGGCAAUUUUUCUGUGGUGGAAGCUAUUAAAGAAUGGAAUGCAGAAGGCAGUCAUUUUGAUUAUGACAAAAACACAUGCUUGAAGAAUCAAAAGUGUGACCGUUUCACCCAGAUGCUAGAAAUCAUGGGUACUGAAAUAAUAGUGUACGUUUAG